AAUUAAUUCAACAGAGCUAAACUAACCUUACAGAAGCUAAGAAGAAAAUAAAAAGUAAAUAAAAAAAUCUGUAACUAUGGAUCUUAGAAAGCCAAUGACAGAUCUGUUAGAAUUUUGCAGGAAAAUUAACUGCGGUCGUUUGGAAUUUAAUUACUCUAAAGGUGAGGAGAGCAGCUUUAAUUGCAAAGUAACUUUAUUGGAUAUGGAGGCCAAUGGAAGCGGAGGCUCAAAGGAUGAUGCCAGGGAAGUGGCCGCGUUCAAUUUAUUGCGAAAACUGGACGAACUACCUGAAUGCGGGGAUCUAGUGAAAAUUGAAGAUAAAGGUGAAUCUAAUGAACUCAUUGAUCCUAAUCGGAAUAUGUUUAAGGAGUUGUGGGAUUUUUGUAACAGCCAUGAUAUGCCGUCCCCGAUUUUUGAAAUGGUUGAAAAAAGCCGAAAUCCAAAUGCUCCCAAAUUCGUGGCAUGCUGUACACUGGCAUCAAUUAAACGUUAUGGCAUUUCAGAUAAGAAAAAGGAAGCACACCAGCGGGCGGCUUCUGCAAUUUUGAGUGUGGUUUCCAAGGAUGCAGAUAAGCUACCCAAAUCUAACGGUGUAAAACUGGUCCCCAUUGGCACCGCAGAAGAUGAAGAAUCCGAGGGAUGUGAUGCAUUUGAAACAUACAAAAAAUUAAUCCAACCACAAAAAAAACCCAAAUCGGGUGAUAUGCUGCUGUGUGAUCGUCACAAUUAUUUCAAGAACUUUCCCCAGGAUCUCAAAUUAGCUGCCUUUGAGAUCCUUGAUCGUUCUAGUGAUAAAAAUUAUCCUGACGUAAAACAAAGAGCUCUUAAAGUUAUGAGCGCUUUGAAGUUAAACCACAAGAUUACCCCUAUGCCCUCGCGCAGCGUUAAGCCAAUAUUGAUGCUAGAGUUUGAUUGCGAAUAUGAUGCUGUCUUGAUGGGUUAUGAGUCAGAUAUCUAUACUCAAGUUAUACAAUAUUUUCGUAAUAUGUUAGAUUAACCUAUGAAUAUUUGAUGAUUGGGCCUAAUAAAAUCUGCUAAGCUGUCGUCCAUUAAA